AUGGACUCGAUCCCCUGGGACACACUGUCAUGGUCCCUUCACCGUGGUAUGCGGGAUAUCAUUCUCGGCUUCGGAAAGCCGUGUAUGGAUUUGCAUCGGGGCCAGCUGGCCGACAUACUUCGACAGACGGUGGAGCAGAGAAGAAAGACACUGGUGGCGCGAGGAUGGGCAUCCGGUAUGGUUCUACAUCACAUGCCUGAUGUCGUUCACUCGACAGUUGUGGCCAGGCAUGGCGACAGUGGCGAUGCUGUUCAAGCCGUCGUCGAUACGGCCUGCGCUCUUGUUCAUGCAGCCUGCAACCUUGAUGAAACACAUUUCUGGCGAGAUGCCAAUAACGCGAGCUCUUUCGCUGAUGGGGCGCAAGAAUGGGGCUGUGCUUCCAUUCUCUACGGAUACAAUCCGUUUGCCCUUCCCUAA